ACAAACUACAUGAUAUUUUUACAAGAAAAUAAAGUUUUAAUUUGUUUUAGAACUAUUAUAAGGUUUUGAGAUGGAGAAUAACACAAACAGUGCAACAGCAACAUCAACUGCAACGACUAUUACUAGUGCACCCUCAAGCUCAACGGUUUCAAGAAUUGUUCUUUUACUUUUGAGGGUGUUAACUUUUGUGUUUCUUCUCAUUGCUCUCAUAGUCAUUGUCUUAACCAAGGAAACUUUAGAGACAAGUUUUGGUGAAUCGGAAAUUAAGUUCAACGAUAUCCAUGCUUUUCGAUACAUGAUCUCCACAAUAGUAAUUGGGUUUGCAUACAACCUUCUUCAAAUGGCACUUUCAAUUUUCACCGUGGUCUCAGGAAAUCGUGUAUUAAGUGGUGAUGGAGGCUAUAUGUUUGAUUUUUUUGGUGACAAGAUUAUAUCAUACUUUCUACUUUCCGGUUCAGCUGCUGGAUUUGGUGCAUCAGAAGAUCUACAUAGAAUCUUCAAAGCAGGAGAAUUGCCUUUAAACUCAUUCUUUGGAAAGGCUAAUGCCUCAACUAGCCUUCUUCUUUUAGGAUUUCUAACUACAGCAAUAGCUUCAAUUUUCACUUCAUUUGCUUUGCCAAGAAGAGCUAAAUAGCAUUAAUUUUCACUUCAUUUGCUUAAAUGAAAGCUUUGUUGUAUGCACAAAAUGAUUUAUUCUCUAAUUUUGUUUGUAAUGGAUUUGUAUCUUCCUUCUUUUCUUUUAAGUUUUAUUUCCUAAGAAUUGCUCUUUUUUAAUAGAA